AUAUAUAUAUAUAUAUAUAUAUAUAUAUAUAUAUAUAUAUUGUUUCUAGUUGCUAAGUGGACUGAACGUUUGGUUACAGCGAGAAUGGCGGAGGUGAGAGGUGGGAACACGUGGACGGAGGACCUUGCGAGUCUGGUGGAGGACACCGGGAUAAGAUAUGCUGCUGCGACUACCGCCGGGGAAUCUAUUGGGUUUUCGGCGCCCGCAUUUAAGAAAUCGGGAUUUGUCGGAGAUUACGGCGGCGAGGAGGAAGCGAAAACGGAGAGCUUCAAGGAGCAGGUGACGGGGUUUUUGAAAUCAUGGGGGGAAAUGCUGCUGGAUUUAGGGAAAGGGUGCAAGGAUAUUGUGGAGCAGAGUUUGAUCACUGAGGAUUCCUUUAUAGUGCGAAAAGUUGGAAAGCCAAUGGCUAAGGUGUCAGACCGAUUCAAGAUUUUGAAUGAGUUCUUGCCUGAGGAUCGCGACCCAGCCCAUGCCUGGCCGGUGAUUUUCUUCGUUUUUAUACUCGCGCUUGCUGUGCUGAGUGUAAAUACCACACAUGAUACCUCAGUCCCAGCAGUAAAAAGAGUGCGUAUACAUCCUCCUAGUGCUAGUCGCAUUCUGCUUCCAGAUGGUAGACACAUGGCUUAUCAUGAAAAUGGUGUCCCUGCCUACAGAGCAAGAUUUUCCAUGAUUGCUCCACAUUCUUUUCUGUCUUCUCGACUUGCAGGUAUACCUGGAGUUAAAACAUCACUACUCGAAGAGUUUGGUGUUCGCUUGGUCACAUAUGACCUUCCUGGUUUUGGAGAGAGUGAUCCUUAUCCUGGCAGAAAUCUUAAUUCAUCAGCCCUUGAUAUGCUCCACCUAGCAAAUGCUAUUGGUAUUAAUAACAAGUUUUGGGUGCUGGGUUACUCAAGCGGAAGCAUGCAUGCUUGGGCCGCACUCAAAUACAUUCCUGAUAGAAUUGCUGGUGCUGCGAUGAUUGCGCCAAUGAUUAAUCCAUAUGAGCUGGGUAUGACAAAAGAAGAGAUGAGAAGAACAUGGGAACAAUGGCCGUCGAAGAGGAAAUUAAUGUACUUCUUAGCUCGGAAAUUUCCAAAAUUUCUCUCUUAUUUUUAUCACCAAAGCUUCCUAUCUGGUUUUCAUGGUCAAAUUGAUAAGUGGAUGUCUCUGUCACUGGGAAGGAAGGAUGAACUUCUGAUCGAGGAUCCAGCAUUUAAAGAAUUUUGGCAUAGGGAUGUGGAGGAGUCAAUCCGCCAAGGGAUUGCAAAACCAUUCAUUGAGGAAGCUGUACUACAGGUGUCAAACUGGGGUUUCAGCUUGGCAGAUCUGCAUGUGCAGAGGAAGUGUCAGAAGAAAGGCAUUCUCCUUUGGCUUAGAUCCAUGUACAGUCAGGCAGAAUGUGAAUUGGCUGGAUUUCUUGGUCCAAUUCACUUAUGGCAGGGGAUGGAUGACCAAUUAGCGCCACCAUCAAUGACUGACUACAUAAGCCGGGUUCUACCAGGUGUAUUCUUGCAUAAGCUUCCAAAUGAAGGCCACUUUUCCUUUUUCUUUUUCUGUGAUGAAUGCCAUAGGCAGAUAUUCUCAGCUCUUUUUGGAGGUGCGCUAGGUCCGCUUGACAAGAUGGUGAAAAUGAAUGAAACUUCAUUUGAAGGAGAAAUGGACGAUGUAUCAUCCUUGGCGGAUUCUGCUACAGGAGAUAUGUGACUGUAGAUAUACUCUUUUUUUUUUUUGGCCAAUUCCUGAUGUAAAUAGUACCAUAGCCACAGGCUGCUCCUGAGUAUAAGAUGAAAUUCUGAGGUAUUAUUCUGCUUCAAAAUUUUUGGAGGAUAGGUACAUUUUGAGGAAAGCAGUUGAAAGCAAAAAUUUCAAUGAAGGUUCUCCAUUUCUUGA